AAGAUCAACAAAAUGUCGUCAACUGAAAAUGAAUCAAAAGAAAUUUGGAACAAAUUAAAACUUCGGAUAUCCGACCCUUCAAACUUUGUAAAAAUGUUUACUAUUGAGAAAUGUACUUAUGAAGACAAGAUAAUGCGACAAAUUCUGAAUUCAAUUUGUGCUUUGCGUAAUUCCGGUGGUGGUAUGCUAACCAUCUUCCUCUUGGGAACUUUUUUCGAGUCAGAUGUCAAAAAAUGCUCCGAUAUUAUUACAAAUGCGAUAAAUGAAACGCUGUCUGACACAGGAAAGAAAGAUUUCUCAUCCUAUAAUUUGUCCAACAAAAUUGCAUUCCUUGUAAACGGCAGCAAAGAAAUCAUCACAGUGAAAUAUAACAUGUGCAUCAUUGCCGAAGACGGUGAUGCAAAACUCAUGCCAUCUAAAAAAUCUGCUGAGGAGGUUAGAUCCUAUUUAUUCAAUCCUAAUCAAACUCCAGUGUCACUACUGGUAACAAAAAGAAAAUAUCAAGAGAGUGCACUUCACGACAUUAUUGGACGUCAAAAACUACAGAUCAAGCACUCGAAAGAAAACGUUAUGUUUCGGUCUUUGGAAAGAAAAUUUAGCGAUAGUCCAGCCAGUGUGAAGUCUCGUAUAACACUGGAGAAAAACAAACUACUUCAGUGCGUGUCCGCUCUGGCGAAUUAUCGUGGCGGAGAAUUGUACUAUGGUGUUGAUUCAAGAGGAUUUGCUUUGGGAGAAAAAAUUCCAGAUAAGAAAGACGUUGAGAAAGUAGUCGAAAAGGCUAUCGGAUCCAUGACAUGGCCGAAACAUGUUGACGAUAAAAGCAAGUUUUGGAAUAUCCAGUUUCUAAGUGUUAAUGAGGAAACCAAAAAGUUUGGAAAAAAUGAUGCUCAGGAGCUUUAUGUUAUAAAGAUAACUGUCAGCCCGUGUCAUGACGGAGUGUUCAUUAAAGAUCCAGAGAGCUACCAUGUCGUUGAAAACAGAGCAGAAAAGCUAUCGUUUCUAGAUUGGCUGGAAUGUUUACAGAAUUCAAAAACGAUGAUAUCAGAAGAUAUGCCUAUGAUUGAUUUCGCAAAAGACACUGAGUUUCUAUUGGAGCGAAUCUUUUUGCAACCUGGCUAUGAAAACUUCCUGAGAAGGUUAGAAUGGGUUUACGAUUUCAAAAUUGUUGAUCCAAACGAAGAAUGCGACCAGCGUCAUUUAGAAAUCGUUUGGAAACUUGGGGAAGCACCUCGUAUCGCUGACAUAGUAAAAUAUUUUGAGCAAGAUGCUCUUCCUUUCAUCACUUAUCGAGAAUGCUCAAAACUUGAAUGGUUUGAAUCGAAUUUUUUUAAAGAAGACUCUGAAUUGUAUAGUAAAUACGAGAAUGAAUUGUUAAGUUUACCCUGGGUAGAAGAAUACUAUAUUGGUGUUGCCAGCGAACCUGAAAAAUCUUGGCAAAUCUACAUAAUCUGCGCAUAAAACAAACUACCAUCGAUGGAGGACCUCAAGAAAUUGUUUGGUGUCAACAUUGCUUCGUUUGUUGAUUUUCGUUAUGACGACAUUGAUGAAGAUUGUGAAAGCAACGAAGCUUCUUUUCUACGAGGACCCGUCCCAGGUGAAAGACUUUCCGGUGAUGGUUCAAUUGGUGUGCUACUUGCUGCUGAUGAAAAGCACUAUGCAACCACCUGCUAUCAUGUUUGCUACAAGGGAGAUUGCUCUGACGUGAAAGAAGGCCACAAAACACUUAGAGAGGACUGCGAAAAUGGAUCGAAAGGUUGUGAAUGGGGCUAUCAGCCGCUUUACAUCAGAGAAGGGAAGAAUUGAGCUUGCAAAGUUUAGCUAUGGCUUAUACAACGACUACCACGAUAUUGCCUUCAUCGAGCUAAGUAAUGAUUUUAAUUAUUGCUCAAGCAUGGUGGAGUUUCUUAGCGGAAUCCGAAUCAGUCCUGAUCUGGCUAGUUCAAUACAUGUCAGAAAAAUGUUUUUUGACAAAAAGGUAUUGCCAGUGGAAAAAGUUUCUCGAAAUCCUAGGCGAGGAAAACUUGUCGGACUUCGUGAUGUUCGUCGUUGUCCUAGAAACAAACGCUGUUACAGAAUUGAGAAAUUUGGCAAUAAUAAAUUUGCCGAUAAAGGUGACUCAGGUUCCUUAAUUUAUCUGCUAUAUGACGAAGAAAAAAUACCAUUCGCAUAUCUCUGUAUGGUAUAUCCAGAGUCUAGCGGAAAUGUCUAUUAUUGCCGAAAUUUAAGAGAAAGUACAGAGGAACUAAUAAAACAUGCCGAGCUUGUUCAUCUUAAAGAUGUGAAACCUUGUAUUACCCAGCAUAACCGCAUAAUCCAAGAUCAACAUUAGCCUAGAUUCGUAUAGCAUUGCAAACGUAUAUCUUAUCCCAUUUUGUUAUAACCUAUCCUUUUUAGUUUUAGUAGAACCACCGAGAUUACCUCGUUUAACAUACAAUGACUGGAUAACAACUUUUAAACAGUAUACAUACAUGCAUGCAUGCAGUAUGCUAAUAAUAUUUGUAUAUUUUUUGCAUUUUAAAUGUUUAUUACACAAUAUUCUUUUAAUCAAAGGAAAUCAAGCUCCCUACAUAGAUAUGCAUGGUGGGGAAG